CCACGUUGUCCACCAGCCGCACGACCAGCUCAAAGUCCACUUCCCAAGCACAACACCUCCAGAUACCUUCUGCACUCUUUGUUUCACAGCUUUUGUGUCUAUUUCGCACUGUUUGUUUGCAUUACUCUCGUUUUUACUGUCUCUCUCUGUACAACAACACCUUCUGCUCGAAUUGAUAGACAAGGGUUCCCUCGGUGACCAGUGCUCUAUCGGCAAGGAGCAUUUUAAAAUAACGUUUCAAAACUCCGACAUUCCAACCUGUGUCCUUUCGGGAACACAGAUUAGAGGAUCGAAAGAUCCCUGAAGCACGAUCAAGCUAUCCGCAUUCCUGAACGCCAGUGCGUUGUCCCGGCGCCCAUGGCUCAGAUUCACGCACCCGUCUCCCCACCUUCAGUCUCAAACGCAACCCACUGUUCACUACGACGGACCGACCGCCUCACGGCUCUUCCGCGGGCAGAAUCUGUAGACUGGUCCGACUUCGAUGAUGUGAAGAUCGAUGCCCCGCUUCGGCCUCCCCCUUCAGCAUUGACUGGGACGUCCACUCACUACGACCCUCACGAUCCGGACACCCCUUUGCAGGAUCACCAUCCCGGACCCGGGCGAGGACAUCAACGAUCUCUGACUGGAACGUUUCUAAACAACUGCCAACCUUUCCUCGCUCGCGCUACUUCUACACUGCAGCAGCACACUGCCCGAGCAGCGCUUCAUUCCCCAACCAAAUCGCUAGCAAGCUUCAUCCCCUCGCGAACUUCAAUAGGAGCAACGGCCUCGCAACCGAAAAUCAAAGCCGGAGCCAGAGCACUGCAAAACUGGUUCAACGGGACCUCCGGCCCAGUUUCUCUCGGCCUAUCGGCUCCCGACGACUCAGAAGACGACGACUACGCCUCCGACGACUCAGAAGAAGAACCCGAAGAACGAGAAGGCAACAACAUGCUCUCCAACAUCUUCCAUCGCGGGACGUCGCUCACGAGCCCCAGUCCCAGCAGCGCAGACACCACAACGCCCAAGCACCCUGCACCACACGCACAGCCAUCAUCAUCCAGAUCGAGCACGACGACGAGUUCGCGCUUCGCCUGGCCGUUUCCGACCUCGAAUCGAAAAUCCACCACUACUACUGCGCCUACCUACCACAACCCCUCGGACGAGCUGCUCACGCUCAACAUCUCGCAAUCCCUCUUCCCGCACGGCCCCGUCGAUCCCCUCGCGCCUUCCUCCUUCAACGAUCUCGUCUCCACGGCUGAGGCGCUGCUGAGCCGGUUCCAAGCGUCGUACAGACAGCUGUCGAGUGCGCUGCGGGACGCGCGGGCGGAGCAGAGCGCGCAGGAGGACGAACUCGAGGAGGCGGAGACGAGAGUCGAUUUGUUGAAGGCGCAGCUCGAGGGGAUGGCGCGCAGGGCGGAGGAGAGGGAUGAGGAGAUUGGGAGGUUGAGGGGGGAGGUGGAGUGGGAGAGGCGGAUGCGGAAGGAGGCGGAGAGGAAGUGGAGUGGGGAUGAGCAGCAGCAGCAGCAGCAGCAGCAGCAGAGGAGGAGGAAGAGGGCGUCGAAUUCGGAUGUUUCUGUUGAUUCGGGGUUCUUUGAUGAUGGGGAUGGGGAUGGGGAGAGUGUGAGGUCCGCUUGUUGUGUGAGUCCGACGACGGUGGAUUCUCAUGCGUUGUCGGAGGAGGCACAUGCAAUGGCGGCGAAGAUGCAGGGUCCACAGCUGCUGCAGUCUCAUGAUUCGGGAAGUUCGGCAACGGGGACCUCGCUUUGUGCGAACUGCGCGAAUGGUUCGCAGGCGUCUGUCUGGGCGAGGCUGGCGCGGGAGAGGGAGGAGAGUCAGGUUUUGCGGAGGAGGGUGGAGGUGUUGGAGAAGGCGGUCGAGGGGGCGUUGGAUGUGGUUGAUGGGCCUUGGGGGUUGCGGUGAGUGAUUUGCGGGGAUAUUUGUUGAAGGGGUUCAUCUGGGGCUUACUUGUCGGUGGUGGGGAUUUCUUUCACUGGCGGAGAAUGGAGAGGAGGGAUUUUGGAGGGAGAGGGGGACUGGAAGGAUUUCGGAUUCGCAUAUGAACCGGCGUGGACGUUCUUAGAUCUAUCGACGUUUUAGGGAUGGGGGCGUGUUCAAGCGCUGCAAUCCACUUUUUCAUUUUGUUGCAUCUAUCUCUCUGCUCCAUUCUUCUCACUUCUUCCGUCAGUCAAUUUAACAAAGUACGAAUGCGAUCACAUUGAUAUCUUACCA